AUGGUCUUCACCGAUACGGGAAGCUCCAUGGUACGAGUCCUCGACCUCGACGACGGAAAAGUGGAGAAAGAGAUAGACGGGAUCGGGACCACCCCUGCAGCUAUCUAUCCAACAUCUGACUAUAAGAGUGUCGUCGUUAACUUCAGGGCCCUCCACGAGUUCUUCCUCGUCCAUUCAGGUCUCUCGCUCGAGUCACAUGGAGACCAUGCGGACGUCAGCAAGUCCGACCCGACCAAGUUCAGUAUUGAGGGGAAGUGUACAGACUGCAAACUUCCCACGCACUUCUCUGGUGGUUACAACCGUAUGGUCAUCUUCUUCGAUGGAACGUCAGCUCCCCAGAACGAGCCGACUGUUAGGUCUCGAGCUGUCGCCAUUGACGACAGACUCUCGAUGCUAGCUGACACCACCAAGAAGACCUUGGACAGCAGGAUCGAGUUUGACUCCACCUGGAUGGCUCCUCAGCAUGGCAUUGCUGUGCCUUUGGCGCAAGAUGUCUUCCUCGUCUCUCUACCCAACCCAGCGUUCAACAGCAGCGCCUGUGCGACACCUCACACGUCGUGCGACUCGCUUUCCAGUCAAUUCAAGGCAGUGAAGAAGACAGCGUCCGGAAACGUUGACGUCGCAUGGAACACUCCCAGAGACUGUCCGGGCUAUCAUGGUCAUGCGAUGGGAAUGGGAGGAUGGCACGCGAUCGGCUGCGGAAAUGGACGAGGGGGCAUCAACCUCCAAAACAGCUACUUCCUGGCGGUAAAAUACAGCAACGACGCGAUCGAGUCUUUCAAUGUAAAGUAUCAUGAAGCUGGAGGAUCCAUCGGCACCUUCGUCGGUCAUGAUAACCAGGCUGUUCUUGUAGGAGUCUACAACAAAGACGGCUCUAGAAGCUUUGUCCGCUGGAGAGGGGGCGACAAGAGUUACACAGUCAAUGACGUCAUGGCGGUCCCAGCAGGUGUCAUUCCUGUCUCUUAUGGAUUCGAAAUGGUGAGCGGCAAAGUAUUCGUCGCGUUCUACACGAGCGGUGAGGUGAAGCUGUACGACGUGAGCUCCAGCUGGAAAGAGCUGGCUUCGCUCAAGGUGGUGGAGCCUUUCACGUCUACGAGCAAGUAUCAGCUUGUAUUGGGCUACCAUAAGAUGUACUUGCUCGACCCUGAUCAGUCCAAGAUCACAGAGAUAGACAUAAAGGACGACUCGGUCUUGUCUACUGGAAGAAGUUUCACAGUGACCGGGAAGCCAACCGCUGGCGUCGUGAUUGGCAUGACUCCGAUGGAAGCGUUGGAGGCAGCUUGUGGAGGCGGAGAAGAGAGCCAUGAAACCUUCUCAGCUGGAGUGCAGCUGACGUACGCAGCUGGAAGCUUUGUGAUGGCCAUCGCUGUUUCUAUUCUCAACUUGCACAUGUAA